CUCUUGAUCAAAGAAUCCAAACGCUGGAAGAAAAAUCUCUUCUUCGCAGGAAAAUAUUACAGAUUUAUACCACACUGGUUGAUUGCGAAAAAUCGGUGCACUAGUAUACGAAACGGGGCCCGUUAAUGAAGUCUGAAUCGAGCAGUUUCGAUGGAUACUAGUGACUCGAAGAUCCCAUCCGACAAGAAAAAACCUAAAGCAGAAACUACGAGACUGCCACUCGUUUCGUCGGAGAACAAAUAUGGAACCACGCGCAGGUCACAAACCCGAGAAGUCAGCUCAAGGUGCAGAUCGCCUUCGCCUUCGCCUGCCCCUGUUUCCAAACGUUGCCCUUCGCCGAAUGCGAGUACCCGAACAUCGAAUUCGACUCUAUCGGUGCCAAAGAGAGCUGUCUCAACCGAAAGCAAACGACCGUCCACUCCUGCGUCGACACCUGUCCACGACACAACUUUAGCGUCCAGAAAAAAUCCCGAGUCUUCUUCCUUAUGGCCGUCCACAACGAGGAGCCACGAUGCUUCUGCUCCAAUUGGCAAGAGAGAGAAACAGCAACCGGUUUCUCUCUCUAGGAGCAGUACGCCCGAGAGAAAGAGUUUCUCCGCUGAUGUGGCGGAGAAUUCUAGGCAUUCGUCUAGAUGGCCGGGCAGAGCGGCUGCCGCAUCUUCUGCCAUGAAAGCGUCGAACAAUAGUAAAAUCGAUAACAUAACUAAAACGACUCCGUCUUUAUUCAAUUUUAGGACAGCUGUCGCGCCUUCGUCGUGCACGAGGAGAUUGUCUCUCGAUGGAACAAGCAAACCUCAGCAGAAAUCUUCGACCGAUUUGUUGAAGCUUAUUUCUCGUGAAGAAAUGUUUAGUGGAAGUUCGGUUGAUAAUGACGAUGAAUUUGAUGCUACUACAACGAGGCGUCAGUCUUUGCCGGGUACUGGGGCCCACGGCAUUUCAGCCUCGGUUUCUAGAAGGGUGAGUCCUUCUAGAGGAACUAGUCCAGCUAGGAUAACACAGUCGAGCCCUUCGAGACAGCCUCAGGAUUCGUCUUCGGUUCUUGGUUUUACUUCGGAUAUUAAUGAAAAGAUAACCAAAACGACUCCGUCUUUAUUCAAUUUUAGGACAGCUGUCGCGCCUUCGCCUUGCACGAGGAGAUUGUCUCUUGAUGGAUCAAGCAAACCUCUGCUGAAAUCUUCGACCGAUUUGUUGAAGCCAAUUUCUCGUGAGGAAAUGUUUAACGGAGGUUCGGUUGAUGAUGACGAUGACGACUUUGAUGCUACUACAACGAAGCGUCAGUCUUUGCCGGAUAGUGGGGCCCACGGCACGUCGCCCUCGGUUUCUAGAAGGGUGAGUCCAGCUACGAUAAGACAGUCGAGCCCUUCGAGACAGACUCGGAAUUCAUCUUCAGUUCUUGGUUUCACUGCGGAUAUUAAUGAAAAGAAAACCAAAACAACUCCGUCUUUGUUCAAUUUUCGGACAACUGUAGCGCCUUCGUCUUGCACGAGGAGACUGUCUCUUGAUGGCGCAAGCAAACCUCUGCUGAAAUCUUCGACCGAUUUGUUGAAGCUCAUUUCUCGUGAAGAAAUGUUUAAUGGAAGUUCGGUUGAUAAUGAUGACGACGAUGACUUUGAUGCUACUACAGCGAGGCGUCAGUCCUUGCCGGGUAGUGGGGCCCAUGGCAUGUCACCGUUGGUUUCUAGAAGGGUGAGUCCUUCUCGAGGGAGGAGUGUUACCCCUUCUUGUUCUAGAGGAGCUAGUCCAACUAGGAUAAGACCGUCGAGCCCUUCAAGACAGCCUCAGAAUUCGACUUUCGUUCCGGGUUUUAUUGCGGACGGUAAGAAAGGGAAGAAGGUUGAGAAUAAUGCCGAAGACGCGCAUCAAUUGAGGCUGCUGUAUAAUCGACACUUGCAGUGGAGAUACGCGAACGCUCGUAAUAUCGAUGCAUUGCAUUCUCAGAAAGCGAAAGCUGAGAAAAUAUUUUACAGCGUGUGGAGGAUUAUAUUAGAUCUAUUGGAUGUGGUGACGAAGAAAAGGUCCGACCUAAAACAGCUCCGACUUAAGUUGAAGAUUUACUCGAAUUUGGACAAUCUAAUGAACUAUCUUAACAAAUGGGCUUCAAUCGAGAGGUGUCAUGCAAGCUCGUUAACCUGCAUAAUCGAAGAUCUUCAGUCGAGCACUAUUCUCAUUCCGGUCACGGGAGGAGCAACGGUAGAUAUUAAAACGGUUAAAUCGGUUGUAUGCUCGGCUGUCGAUGUGAUGAUGGAGAUCGGAUCCUCCUUGUGUUCCAUUAUUCCACAGGUGGAAGGGACGAACAGCUUGGCCACGAAACUUGCUGACGUGGCAGCGCACGAGAGGGCCAUGCUGGACGAAUGCGAAUCACUAUUGAGGUCUACAGCUGCAUUGCAGGUAGAAGAAGACAGCCUCAGAACUCAAUUAUUACUGAUUAAACAAGAUCCCUUUGUAUAUGGUUAAUAUUAAUAAGAUAAUUAAUUAUACUAAUUAGUAAUUAACAACCUUCAGUCUUUUUCUUGGUGGUUGUGUGUCAACAUUUCUUCCGCACCUUUUUUUGUUUUCGUUAUGAAAAUCGAGAGAAACAGAGCAAUGAAGAAUAGACUCGCAAAUGUACUUGUCUGUAUCAAGAAAAAAAAAAAAUCAGAUUCGUAUAAA